GUGCCGCUGUUGCACAGUGCGUGUUAUCGCUAGCGUGUUCUGGUGCGUCGAUCCGGCAUUUGCGUAUCUGUGAAAGUACCGUUGCGCGUGGAGCAACAAUGGCGUGCAUUGUGUGUUGCGAAACCGGCGAAUAAAACGAUAGUUCUCUGGAGAUAGGUUUCCGGUGGAAAUUAAUAAAAAAAAACUGCACAGCACAGUACAUAUGUAGCCAUUUUGAAGGGAAGUACUAAUCGAAAGGCAGUGCGUUUGUAUCGAAUGGUCCUUCAGGAAGGAUAGGAACACCGCAGUAAACACACAGCUUAGACAAAGUGUUACGAAAAAUAGUUGCGAAUCACCGAAGUGUUCCUCUAGUUCCUUGUCGGUUCCCGUGAGAAAGCUGUGUGCGUGCGUGCGGUUUGAGUGUCUGAAAAGUGCUUCAAAAUGCAGUUGCAGUCCGUCCAUCGCCACCGGUUCGGGGUUUGAUUGCGAGAACAGUGCCAGUCCGUGUGCCGCGAUUUCGCAGGCCAGCAUCCGAUGCAGUUUGAUUGGCCCGAGGCGUCCAGGGAAUUGUACUCCGUUGGGUGGUUUUCUUGCGUGGAAACGUAGUCGAACGUGCGGGAAAGAACGUAGGAAAGAAAUUCAAGCAAAAAAAAAAUAGUGAUAAAAAAACGACGCAACACAAUGCAAUUGAAAGAAGCAAUCGCGUCCCGCAGGAUGGGAACGGUGUUGCUGAUGGUGCUGGCCGUGCAGUUUGGCUUCGGUUCGGUUCGGUGCGAGUUCCAGUUCACCGUGACGCCCCAAAGCCGGCAAGUGUUCGAGGGUGAACCGGUCACCUUCGAGUGUCGGGCAUUGUUUGAUGAUGAGAUCGAUUUUUCCUGGACACGGAACGGAAUGUCCGUUCCGGUGCAGAAUCGGCAGGAUUUUGGACCGCAGCGCGUGUACCAGAGCGCAUCGAAUCUCCACAUCCGGGCCGCCAAUGGGACGCUCGAUCGGGGUGACUACGUGUGUCUGGCCACGGCGAGAGCUUCCGGUGCCCGUGUGGCGUCCCCAGCGGCCACCCUCGACGUUAUCGCCAUCGCACCACCAGUCGUUCAGCUGCUGAAGCACGAUCCGGAUCGCGGAAGCAUUUCGCUCAAAUGUCACUCGAGCCUGGAAAAUGUCGCCGAAACGACGAACGAUGGCAAACCGAGCGAGGAAACGCACGUCGAAUGGUACAGAAACGAGAUAAAGCUCACGAAAUCAGCCCACAUCGAGCUGCAGCGCCGGAAGCUGCACAUAAAGGGUGCCUCGGCGAAGGAUAACGGCGUGUACAGCUGCUUGCUGGUGGUGGUGUCCCGUACUGACGGUAGCCGCCGGAUUGCGGUGCGAAGUGCGAAAAACUACCGGCUCAAGUUGAAACCCGGCUCCACCUACGGCGACUCGAACAAACUCGACUGCACCAAGAACCACAAUCUGCUGCUUUGCCGUGGAAAGCGUGGUGACCGCCAACUGGCUGCUAAUGGUGCUUCGCUGGAGCUCACCACCGACCCGGAGCGACUGGCCAACGAUAAAGCGAUGGUACCGGCUCAGCUGCAGUUACCCGGCGAAGGACCUUCGGCACCGGUUCGCAUCGUGCUCCAUCCCGUCACGACGGUUGUCAACGAGAGCCAACCGGUUGUGAUGAAUUGUGGCUACCGAGUUACGUCGAACGAAAGCUCUGGCAGUGGGUUGGUCCUGCUGUGGCGAAAGGAUGGCAAGGUGAUCCGCCGAUGGGACAAUGGCAUGGCCGAAUCGACGACGGUCUCGACGGAUGAUGGUGGAGCCACGGAAAGCAGCUCGAUGUUCCGGGACGAUGCCCGCAUCCACGUAGACCGAACGAAUGGUUCUCUGGUGUUCGGAUCCGUUGUGGCCAGCGACGAAGGAAGCUACGACUGCCAGAUAACGAACAAUGCGAGUGACUUUCUGGUCAGCUCGACGGCGGCGGAACUACAAAUCAUUUCAAACCUUCGUUUUACGCCAAAACCACCGACGAGCAAAAAUCUGGAGCUGGGUUCCAUCGCCAAGAUCCACUGCAAAGCGCAAGGCACACCAACACCAACCGUCCACUGGACCUCGACAGGAUCGGAUGGCAAUGGUGGCUCCGGUGUGGCCCUUCCCGAGUCCGUCGAAGACGUCAACGGGACACUCGUGUUCCGGAAUGUGUCCGCAGAGCACCGGGGUAGCUACGCGUGUGUUGCCUCCAACAGCCAGGGUGAGAUCCGAGCGAGCGUUUCGGUGAACGUGGUGAUCGCGCCCAAGUUCGAGAUCGCCCCGGAAGGAUCGGUGCAGGUGACUGAGCUGGGAACGGUACAGUUCCACUGUGUCGCAACCGGUGAUCCCAAACCGACCAUCCAGUGGGAUAAGGAUCUGCAGUACCUGCACGGGCGAGCUGGUGGACCGGCUGGUGCGAACGGAAGCGAGGAGGAACGAUACCGGAUUCUGGAGAAUGGUACACUCGUGCUGACGGAGGUCCAUCUGGAGGAUGACGGACGGUACGGGUGCACUAUCGGUAAUAGCGCUGGUUUAAAGCGCGAAGAAGUCCACCUGAUCGUCAGACCGGCUGACGGUAUCCCAUUGCCGGAGGAAUCUGCCGAAGAUGGCUUUCUGAUCACGCGGGCCGUACUGAUCACGAUGUCGGUGGCGUUUGCGUACAUCAUCCUCGUUGUUGGGCUGAUGAUUUGGUGUCGUCAUCGACGAGCGGCUCGCAAAGCCCGACUAAACCACGGUUCCUCGAAGGAAAACGGAGGUGACGUGGACAUGAAGAACUGCGAGAUUGAACCGUGCCUGCCGGAAAAGGGAGCUGUUUCGGGCGCGGAAAACGGAGGACUAGCGGUUGCAUCCGGACGUGGCAAGAAGCAGCAGAAGAAUGGUUCUGCUGGGGGCAAGGAUCCGGCUGCGGGUUGUCCAGAUAACGGGCAGGACAAGAGCGACGAUACGGUCAACUCGAACAAAUCGAAGAAGUCCUCCGGAUCAGGAUCUUUGCUCGAGCAGCUAACCGUGCCCCGGUCAGCCGUCAUGGAGCUGUUGCAGAUUGGCCGCUGCGACUUUGGGGAUGUGUUUAUUGGAAAGAUUCGCGAGAAUGACUGCCGAAUGCCGCCACCGAAAGCGAGCGCCACGCAGGAACCGAUUGCCGGAGAUGAGGUCGGUCCAAGCGCGGAGGUCAGCACAGAAAAUGAGCGUAAGAGUCCCGUCACGAAGCGUCCGUCGAAUGAGGAGUUGAAUGCGAUUCGACCGGAGAAUGAUUACAAGCCGGUGCUGGUGAAGGCGCUCACGAAGGUGAAGGACGAGCACUGUUGCGCCGAGUUCCGGCGUCAGCUCGAGCUGUUCCGUGUGGUUUCGCAUCGAAAUGUGGUGCAGCUGUUUGGAUUAUGCCGAGACAAGGACCCACACUAUCUGCUGCUGGAGCACACCGACUGGGGAGACCUAAAGCAGUUCCUGUUGGCGACCUCCCCGGCCAUCCCGCCGAAUGGAACGGUUGACAAGAAGGAUACCGGCUCGAAGCCACCACCACUCAACGUGCCACAGAUACUUGCCCUGGCCCACCAGAUCGGUCGCGGAAUGGACGCCAUCUACAAGGCUCGCAUUAUCCACAAGGACCUGGCGACUCGGAACUGCAUCAUCAGCAGCGACUUUUCAGCGAAGAUCUCCCUCCCGGCGUUGGCUCGAGACAAGUACAGCAAAGAGUACUGCAAGCACCGGAACCAGCUGAUGCCGAUUCGCUGGAUGGCGCCCGAAUGCUUCCAGGAGGACGAUUACUCGAUCAAGAGCGACGUCUACUCGUUCGCUGUGCUUGUCUGGGAGCUGUUCACCAACGCGACUGAGCUGCCAUUUAAGGAUCAAACCGACGAAGAAGUGAUCACAUGCGCCCAAACGGGCAAGCUCGAAUGGAAGGUUGCGGACAAAACGCCCGAAGCGUUACACAAGAUUCUGACAUCGUGCUGGUCGGCAAACCCGAAGGAACGGCCCUCGUUCAGCCAGCUGGUCGUCGCCAUCGGUAACUGCCUGCAGAGUGAAUAUCCGAAGGAGCCGUCGGAGUAAAUGAACCGC